UACCCUACAUUCUAGUGUUGCCUGGAUUUAAUUUUGUAAUGGUCUAAAAGUUUCUAGAACUACUGAUCAUCUUGCAACAAAUAAAAGUCAUAGGCUACACCACCAUACAAUAGUUAGGCCUAUAUGACUUUAGUAGAGUAGCCUAUGCUAUUGCCAUUGAGUAGCCUAUGCUAUUGCCCAACUGAUCGCAAAAACAGAGUUUCAAAGGUACAGCUAUCGUGACGUCACUUAUCCGCGGCAGAGUGAGAGAGCGGCGACGAUCGGCUGCGGAGGAUACCGACCCCGCAGCGGGGACGGGACAACCGCCAGGCGAGAUGGCCCCUAUCCCUUUCUUCCUUGCAUCCCGCAUCGCAACGACCCCUUUGCACGCAUGAAGCCCCCGUUGAUGAAGCCAAAACCGGCCAAAGCAAGGCAGAAAAAGGCCACUGAGAGAGAGAAUGUACUGGCGCGUCGGGUUCGCCUGGACGCGCUCGUUUGUGGUUGAUCUUGGACGGAACCAGAACUUCUCCUUCGGCUUGUGCGGCUCCAAUGAGCAGCUCUCGUUGUAUGGGUACAUCAUCGCCUACCCUCUGCAGGACUACGGCGGGAUCAUGCCGCUCCUUGGGUCGGACUCGUGGUGGCGGAAAACGCUCUAUCUGACCGGGGGCGCUCUGCUUGCCGCCGCUGCCUAUCUACUGCACGAGCUGCUCGCCAUCAGGAAAGAACAGGAGCUGAACUCUAAAGAUACCAUCAUCCUCCACCAGUUCUCCAGGCCAAAGAGUGGUGUCCCAUCUCUCUCCCCCUUCUGCCUCAAGUUAGAGACCUACCUGCGCAUGGUGGACCUGCCCUACCAGAACUACUUUGAUGGGAAGCUGUCUCCCCAGGGGAAGAUGCCAUGGAUAGAGUACAACCAGGAGCAGGUGUCUGGUACAGAGUUUAUCAUCGACUUCCUGGAGGAGAAGCUGGGCGUGAGCCUCAACAAGAACCUCAGUCCCCCGGAGAAGGCUGUGUCCCAGGCUGUCACCAAGAUGGUGGAGGAACACUUCUACUGGACCAUAGCGUACUGUCAGUGGGUGGACAACCUGGAGGAGACCCAGAAGAUGCUGGCAGUGAGUGGGCCACUGAGUGACCUACUCAAGUGGAUCCUGAGUCGCCUGACUGGCAGCAUCGUGAAGAGGGAGAUGUACGGCCACGGGAUUGGACGAUUCACCAGGGAGGAGGUCUACGCUCUAAUGGAGAAGGACAUGCGGACGCUGGCCACCCUACUCGGUGAUAAGAAGUACCUGAUGGGUCCUAAGCUGUCUAUGGUGGAUGCCACUGUGUUCAGCCAUCUAGCCCCUGCCAUGUGGACCCUGCCGGGCACAAGGCCAGAGCAACUCAUCAAAGGCGAGCUGAUUAACCUGGCCAUUUACUGUGAGAGGAUCCGCCGGCGCUUCUGGCCCGAGUGGUUCGUUGAUCUGGAGGAUUUCUGUUACGAUGACACCACAGAGGACGACGACUCCCCGUCCAAACUCCAGGACCUGGGGCUCUACUCCCGUACAGACACCUUCCAGGACGAGGCCAGCCCUCCUCACACACACACAAUCUCACCAGACAGUGACCUCACGGGCCACUCGCUCUGCGACUCGGACAUGGACACAGAGUGCUCUGAGAUGGAGCAGCUCAAGUGUUGACUGCCCUAUGACACACACAAGACACACACACACCGCCUGGAUGGGUCUCGUGCCCCCUCCCCCCCCCCCCCCCUCCCCCUCCCCCCAAACACAAUGCCCUGUACCUGUUGAGCAGGGAAUAACUACUGGGGUGCAUUUCUGUUGCCAGAGGCUGUUGUUUGUGUUAAUGAGUGAUGGAUUCAGAGAUUCUACACACACAAUGGACUGCAGGAAUUGAAAGACUGAAUAGAGAUAGAGAAGUAGA